ACGCCUAAGUCACGUUUCUUUCGCACUUCCAGCUCACCGCCAACAUGAGCGUAUCUACGCCUCUUCUGGACACUAUCGAACCCGAUGAAACUCCAGUUGAACUCUCGGGAAACAUUUCAUCUGCAAAGAUUAAUUCAAAUGCACGGAAACCUGUUGUCCUCACUCCUACAAACCGCGCACAAGGUUCCCAAAUGGCUACUACACAAAGUGAUGCAGAAUCUGGCAUAGCAGGCAUAUUUCGUCAAUCUGCGCACCCGAUGGCUUUAUUUUUCCUCUACUUCUUCCGUAUUUCAGCCAUCACAGUAUACGUCAUAUCUGGAUUUCUAACGGACGACUACGUCCUUUCGACAGUAAUGGUUGUAAUCCUGUUAGCUAUGGAUUUUUGGAAUUGUCGGAACGUUUCAGGAAGAACCCUUGUCGGUUUACGGUUCUGGAACCAAGUUGACGAUGACGGGGAAAGCUAUUGGGUUUUUGAAAGCCGAGACCCCUCAAGACCUGCAAAUCCAAUCGAUUCAAAGAUGUUCUGGAUUGCCCUGUACGUGUUUCCUGCACUUUGGACAAGUCUCCUAGUUGUCUCUAUCCUCAAACUCGGGCUUUCAUUUAUCCCUAUCGUCAUUUUAGCAUUGGUUUUCAAUGUAGCCAAUGCUGUCGGCUUUACUUAUGCUGACCGAGAUGCCAAACAGCGCUGGGCAAAUAGCGUUGUGGGAGGAGGAUGGGGCUUGGGUAGUUUAGGCGGACAGCUCAUUACAGGUGCUGUUCAAAAAGGCGUCGGAAGGAUGUUCGGUUGAAAUGAAAGAUACCCAGUGCUGACCCAGUUAGACGGUUGUAUUUUAUUUUGCACAUUUGGUGGCAGAUGCCUGUGUAGCAUUCGACUCAGAUUCGACUAGAGAAAUGAUGAAAUGAUGCAUUCGAAAACA